GCUGAUUACUGCCCUCCAAUGGGCAACGAUGUACCCCUACUCCCUUGGGAUAUGAGAAUGGCGCUGGUGAGGAUGGAGAACGUGGAGAAUCAGGAAAUUUGUUUUCAGGACUAUGAACAAAAUGGUAACCCGACUCUAGACUAAGUGGAGGUAAAAAGAUAAUCUUCAUUGAUCUUCAACUAACGAGUGUGAAAGCUUCCCUGUUACAACUGUGCAAUGAUAUCGCUCGCACAUGCACACAAGCCAGCGGGUUUCCCAACGCGACCCACAGUAACUUUAUCGACCCGAAACUCCUUGGACUAGAUUUUGGAAUCGCCUUACCCGCUGUUGUCAAUGCGACGCUUGGGGGAGGGAUUUGGGAAACCCCACCACCAAAUCACCCGUGCCCUCCUCUCCACACACCCCAUCUCCCAAAGGAAAUGUACGGACAACGACUUUCUUUCUUAUGAUGCUCCUCCCUUUCUUAUUGUAUCCCUGAGUUAACGGCAUCUUGCUAAACAAAAUGAACAGCUCCCAGCCCCAACGUUCGAGGAGUUCAAGAACUCGCUGCCGUCACAGUUGCCGGGAGUGUGGGAAAGACUUCGGCCGAACCUCGGAAUUGCAGCGCCAUAUCCUAGUCAAGCACAAGGGGGGCACGGGAGGGAAAUGCGGGAAGUGCGGCAUUCACAUCAACAGGAAAGAUAAUCUCCGCAAGCACGAACGCAAAGGGACCUGUCUGAAGAAGAUGAGGGAAAUGGCGGGCAAGCGGAUUUGUGAAAAGAAUAAAUAAAUCAAAGGUUAUGUAAGAUACGCAAUCAUGUAACUCUUAUCCCUAUUUAUCUCCCGUGUUGGCUGCCCGGAAGCUCGUUUCUGUCUGGGUUUGUUGAGUCGGUCCGACCGCCUCGGGGAGAUCAGGAUUUUUUUUUUUUUUCGCAGGGGGAGGGGGAGGGGCUUCACUUGGACAUG